CCUUGAUGAAAUCAAGAAAGACAUCAUUACAGAAAUAUGCGGUUGUGAAGGUCUUUUUGCAGAUGUUGUCUUCCUGCUUGAUGGAUCCGGAAGCAUUAGUGCUAAGGACUUUGAAAAUAUGAAGGACAUAAUGAAGCUUGUGAUAGAUAAGUUUGAAAUUGGACUAGACAAGGAGCAUGUUGCGGUUGUUCAGUACGGCACCGACCCAAAGGAGGAGUUUUCCUUAAAUACAUUUAAUGAUAAAGCUGUAUUAUUACAGGAAAUUAGAAAUAUUAAACAGAUGAAUGGAAAAGCGAACACUGGAAAAGCACUUAAAGAAGUAUUACAAUCUUUCGACAUUUCUAAAGGAGGACGCUGCAGUGCUUUAAAGUUCUUGAUAGUUCUUACAGAUGGAGAGAGUAGCGAUGAUGUAGCUGAGCCUGCUAAAAUGUUGAGAGACAAUUUCAUCAACAUUAAUGCCAUUGGUAUGAGACAUGCAGACAAAUCUCAGAUUCUUGCCAUUGCUGGAUCCCGUGAUGGAUCCCAUGAUGGAGCAUUCUUUGAAGACAGAUUUACUUCCCCAAAAGACUUAAGCAAUGCCAUCAUUCCCAAGAUCUGCAACACAGCAUGCAAGACACAAUUGAUUGACAUAAUCUUCCUUGUUGAUGCUGGAAGUUCCAAUAAAGAUGGCUUUCAAGAAAUGAUAAACUUAAUGAAAUAUGUGGUGAGCAAAUCUGUGGUUGGAGAAAAACGGGUACGAUUUGGCGGCAUCACCUACUCUGACAACCCUCGUUUGGAGUUCACACUAAAACAGUACGACCGUCAAAUUGAUAUUCUGAGGGUUAUCUCAAACCUCAAAGCUUCAGGAGGAAGCAGAAACACGGUCCAAGCCCUGAACUAUGCACUCUCCUACUUUGGUGAAACACAUGGUGGACGACCGGCAGAGAAUGUUCCCCAAGUGCUAUUUCUGAUUACAGACGGCCCGGUUAAUGACUUAAGUGGUCUGGCAACAUGGCUUGAAUCCCUGGCAAAGUCAAAUGUCAUCUUUUUUGCUAUUGGUACUGAAGAUGCAGAUGUAGAACAGCUAAAGGAGAUGGUGGGAUAUGAAGGAACAGCGCACUAUGCAAAGACCUACCAGGAUCUGUGUGGACUACAAAAACAGGUCUCCCAAGAGCUCUGCAAACCAAUUUGUGAGAAGACGCUCUCAGACCUUGUUUUUUUAAUUGAUGGAUCAGAUUCUAUUCAAAGUACAAGUUGGAAUAUUCUCAAAAAAACCAUGAUUGCCAUUGUGAGAGAGCUGGAUAUUGCUCAAGACAAAUGGCGAGUGGGUGUUGCCCAGUUCAGCGAUAUAUUCCAGCGUCACUUUUACCUGAACACAUACACUAGUUUUGCAGACAUGAAGAAAGAAAUACAAAAUAUUACUCAACGAAACCAGGGCACAAGUACUUGGGACGCCCUGAAAAAUAUUAGAUACUUCUUCACAAAAGGUAAUGGAUCCAGAAUAGAGGAAAGAGUCGCUCAGAAUCUCCUGCUGAUCACAGAUGGACAUGCUAAAGAUACGGAAGAUUUGAAUGCAGUAGAGUAUCUCAGAGACAAAAGCAUAUCAAUAACUGCCAUUGGGAUAGGCAAAGACAUAAAUAAAACUGAGCUGCAGAAAAUAGCUGGAAAUAAUCGGCUCUUUAUUGAAUCGUUUGAUGACCUUGAACUGAUGACAACCAAAAGGAAAGUGUUAAAUUUACUCUGUACAGACUCAAGUCAGGAUGAUCCUACACAAGACUGUGAUAUUGACAUUGCCUUUGGGUUUGACGUGUCCAGACGGACAAGCACACAAACUCUGUUCAGACCUCAGGUGGAACCGUUGGUUUCUGCAGCCAUCCACCGUAUCUCCAUGAUGGGUGAUCUGUGCUGCAUCAUGAAGGACAAGAUUACAACUAGAUUUGGUUAUAGGCUUGUGUCUGGGCGGGAUGGGAGUGUUCUUGAUGAUUUUGGCUUUGAGAAGUACAACGAGGAUGUGGUCAAGAAGUUGAUGUUAUUGAGACCUACAACCCUGGCCUUCAACGGGGUUCUGUUAGAUUCCUUCAAAGAAAUGUUAGCCUCCUCCAAAGCCAAGGCAAAGGUUUUGAUAAUCUUCACAGAUGGGUUGGAUGAUGACAUUCAGCGUUUAAUGGCGAGUUCAGAGAGACUUAAGCAAAGUGGGGUCAGUGCACUGCUGAUUGUGUCUUUGGAGGGCAUAAUGGACGUUCACCAGCUGGAAUUUGGCAGAGGUUCCGGCUACAUGCAGCCACUGGCCAUCAACAUGCUAAAUUUAGGCAACGCUCUUAUGAAACAGAUUGAAACAGUAGCGCUGAGGAUAUGCUACUGUGAUAUUGACAUUGCCUUUGGGUUUGACGUGUCCAGACGGACAAGCACACAAACUCUGUUCAGACCUCAGGUGGAACCGUUGGUUUCUGCAGCCAUCCACCGUAUCUCCAUGAUGGGUGAUCUGUGCUGCAUCAUGAAGGACAAGAUUACAACUAGAUUUGGUUAUAGGCUUGUGUCUGGGCGGGAUGGGAGUGUUCUUGAUGAUUUUGGCUUUGAGAAGUACAACGAGGAUGUGGUCAAGAAGUUGAUGUUAUUGAGACCUACAACCCUGGCCUUCAACGGGGUUCUGUUAGAUUCCUUCAAAGAAAUGUUAGCCUCCUCCAAAGCCAAGGCAAAGGUUUUGAUAAUCUUCACAGAUGGGUUGGAUGAUGACAUUCAGCGUUUAAUGGCGAGUUCAGAGAGACUUAAGCAAAGUGGGGUCAGUGCACUGCUGAUUGUGUCUUUGGAGGGCAUAAUGGACGUUCACCAGCUGGAAUUUGGCAGAGGUUCCGGCUACAUGCAGCCACUGACCAUCAACAUGCUAAAUUUAGGCAACGCUCUUAUGAAACAGAUUGAAACAGUAGCGCUGAGGAUAUGCUGCAAUGUGCCUUGUUCAUGCACCGGUGAAGAUGGACCACGAGGACCCCCUGGAAGCUCGGGUGAAAAGGGCUUUGGUGGUCAGAAGGGCCAUCCUGGAUUUCCAGGAGAUGAAGGUAGUAUGGGAGAGCGAGGACCACCAGGGCUGAAUGGAACUAAGGGACACAGCGGUUGCCCUGGAAACAGAGGAAUAAAGGGCCAGAGAGGCUACACUGGAAAUAAAGGAGAAGAUGGGGAGGAUGGGCUGGAUGGAGUGGAUGGAGAACAGGGUGAUGCUGGCCUAAAUGGGCUUCCAGGACCUAAAGGAGACCCGGGCAGUAAUAACGUGAAGGGUUUCAAAGGCAGUCCUGGACCUGACGGACACAGCGGAGUGAGAGGAGAUCCUGGUGCACCAGGAAUAGACAACACAAUUCCAGGUACAAAAGGCGAGAGGGGAGAUACUGGGCUCCCGGGGGACCAGGGCGAUGGUGGACCCCCAGGCAGACCUGGAGAUAACGGUGAUCCUGGUGCUCCAGGAAGAAAAGGCCGACCAGGAUUGCCGGGUGACUCUUCAAAUGAAAAAGGAGACGCUGGACAGCGAGGGAUUCCUGGUUAUUCUGGACAAGUGGGACCACCAGGUUCAAAAGGGUUCCAAGGAGACAAUGGUCCUCCGGGUGCACCUGGAAUUCAGGGUCCCUUUGGCCCACCUGGACCUGAAGGUUCAAAGGGAGGUCGAGGAUCCAGAGGGCCAAGGGGUCCACCGGGUGACCCGGGGCUCAAGGGAACACUGGGAUCAGAGGGAUUCAAAGGGCCUCUGGGACAAGAUGGAAGAGACGGGUAUGGACCUGGAGGGCUCAAAGGACACAAGGAUGCGGCUUAUGUAGAUCGUUGUAACCCAGACCCAUUGUGUGGUGUAAUCCGGCCUUCACCCCUGCAGAUGGAUUUGGACAUCUCUGUGCUGCUGGAUGGGUCUGAUAACCUGAACACUCAACAGUAUGUAAACACGAAGGAGAUCCUGCUGUCUCUGUUGGACCGGAUCGGUGUGAGUAGCGAGCCGAGCAGAGCCGACGGAAAAAACAGAGUGUCCGUCUACCAGCAGAGCUCCGUUUACGGCUCAUCUUCCAUCAAUGAGGAGUUCAGCUUCACUACAUUUAAAGAUCGCAAUAUCAUGAAGAGGCAUAUUACUAAUACAGUGAAGCAAGUGGGCGGGACAUCCCAUCCUGAGUUUGCUUUGGAGAGGCUGAUUACUAACAUUAUCCUUAAAGCAGAAAGACCACGAAGCAAACGAAUGGUCAUGGCUGUUUUUGGUGGAGAUUCUGAGCACAGCAAUGCUCAGCUUGAUUAUUUGUCUAGACUGUGUAAGUGUCAGAAUGUUGUGAUGUUUAUCCUCAUGGCGGGACAGAGAUUCGACUGGACACAGAUGGAGGAGCUCACCAGUUCUCCUCUGGAGCAGCACCUGGUUUUCCUGGAUGACAGAGAUUAUGGCACACGCUUCGCUUACGCCUUCCUGCAUAUGCUCCACAGAGGAAUCUUACCCCGGUCAUCAAUACAGACUCGUGAUUGUCGUGGUUUUGUGGUGAGGCCUGUUGACUCUGGACCACAAACCACAGAGAGAGAUAUUCUGCCAACUGAAGCGCCCACCGAAGAGCCCUUCACAACAGAGGAACCAUAUGAAGAGGAGCAAUAUGAAGAUGUUUAUGAUGAGCAAAACACAGAACCAAUCACUGAACCCAGUGAAUAUGAUGACACUGAACAAUUUACAGAGGAGCACAAAAAGGACAAAACGGAGCCCUCAAAGACUAAAGCACGAUGCUUCCUUGAGAAAGAUUCAGGCCAUGUGUGUGGAUCGUAUAUGUCCAGAUGGUAUUACAGCCAGCAGACUAAGAAAUGCAUGCACUUCUGGUACGGUGGUUGUGGCGGAAAUGAAAACCGAUUCUUGACAGAGAAUGAGUGCUUUAGGGAAUGUGUGUCUACAGAAUCUGAAAAUCUUCAACAGGAUGAUUCCAGUUUCAAGGAUGUUUGCCAGCUCAAACUCGAUGCAGGAACUUGCUCAAACUUUUCAAUGAAAUGGUAUUUCGAAGUCCGCAGUGGUGAAUGUGUCCAGUUCUGGUACGGAGGCUGUGACGGGAACAGCAACAGGUUCAACACUCAGGAGGACUGUGAGAUUCGCUGUCUCAGGGCCAAAAAAUAUCUCCAAACAUCUAAACUGUGAUCCAGUCAUGGUGAGAAUUGUUGGCACCCUUGGUAAAUGUGAACAAAGAAACAUGUGGGGGAAAAAAUCGGCAUUAAUCCCUUUGAUCUAAGGGAAUUUAAAGAAGGGAAUAAGAAUUUAAAAUGGAGGGAAAAUCUCAUUAUGAAAUAAAUGUCUUGCUCUAAUACACAUUGACCACAAUUAAUCAUACCCUUUUAUCCAAUACUUUUUGCGACCUCAUUUUCCCAAGAUAACAGCUCAGU